AUGGGGAUCCUUCACAAGUGCUUUGGAGGCUGUGGUUCGGCUUCUCGAAAACAACCUUCCGCGUCAAUAGAAUAUUUGUGCCAUCGCUUUUCUCUCGCGCAACUUCGGAAAGCCACCGACGACUUUGACGAGAGCCGGAAGAUCGGUGAAGGGCCCUACGGUGUAGCGUACAGAGCCUGCAUCUCCAUCAAUGGCGAACUGAAAGAUACUGCAGUGAAGCAGCUGCGACUCCAAGCAGCGAUUUCAGCAGAGGGGCUCUCACUGUGUGAGAAAGAUAUCAUAUUUACGUGCCAGCUACGCCACCCGAAUCUGUUGUCACAGAAUAGAGAGCAAGUCGCCAAUUCAACCGUGGAAGAAAAGGCUAGAGAGAUCAGUAUAGGGGUGGCGCGUGGAUUACACUACCUUCACUCAGGAACCAAGCGCACCAUCCUUCAUCGUAAUAUAAAAUCGGCUGCCAUUCGUUUGGACGAGAAUUGGGUUCCCAAACUCACAUUUUUGGGGUUCUCUGUAAAAGGACCGAAAUUUUCUGAAAAGGAAGCCAAACCAAUACGGUUGGAAUACUUUGAAGGCCCUAUGGGAUACAUGGCUCCCGAGUGCUUUAGUGGCACUAAUGUCUCCUAUAAAUGUGAUGUCUAUUCUUUUGGGAUAGUUUUGUUAGAACUCAUUUGCGGAAAGACUUUAUCCCAAAUGGCUCAGCAUAAGGGGCAUCAUAUUGAUGAGAAUGCAAAUGUUUUCCCAUUUGCAUUCAGUGUAGUUAAGGAAGUACGUGAUUUGGUAGAAACAGGAAGAGUUGAGGGAAUUAUUGAUGAGGGUUUGGUGGGAGAAAUAGGAGGAGAGUGCUGGAAAUUGUAUGUGGACAUUACAGAGAGCUGCUUGAGAGAAGAUCCCAAUGAGAGGCCUGAUAUGGGAGAUGUUGAAGUGCAGCUUGAACAUCUAUUGCAACUGCUGGAGGAAGCAGAUUCUAUAACCACACUUCCUUAA